CCGGGCCCCGAGGAGGAGCGCGCCGCAGCUGCCGGGAAUGUGCCGCCGGCGGAGGGCGGUUAGCCAUUAGCCCCAGCGCCGGAGCGGGGCAUUGUGGGAUGCCUCGGAAGCCAGCGAGAGAGCGCGCACACACACAAUAUGUGUUGGCUCGCGAAAAAAAAAAGGAGGCAGAGAGGCUUGGGAGCCCGCUGUAAUGUAGGCAGGAGCAGCCCGAUGUGAAGCGGGAGCUCGCCUUUCGCGGCGAUCCGGCGCCGAGGCACCAUGUCGUUCAAAGAGAUCAAGGCAGGAGAGAAAGCCAAGCCCGGCGGAGAAGACCAUGGCAAGAAGCAGGCUCCGAGUUGGAUCAACGGAAUGGAGAGCAGCUCCCAAGCCAGCACCUCCGCCGAGAAGAAGAACCACCAUUGGAAAAGUUACAAGUUGAUUAUUGACCCGGCUCUGAAAAAAGGACAGCACAAACUCUAUCGUUACGAUGGGCAACAUUUUAGCAUUCCUAAUUCGGGCCUGGCCCCUGUGGAUUGUGUCCGAGACCCCAGGAUAGGACGCAUAUGGACCAAAACGAAGGAGCUGGAACUGGCAGUCCCCAAAUUUAAGAUUGACGAGUUUUACGUGGGGCCCGUGCCUCCCAAGCAAGUCACCUUUGCCAAGUUGAACGACAACAUCCGCGAAAACUUCCUGGCAGACAUGUGCAAGAAGUACGGCGAAGUGGAAGAAGUGGAGAUCCUCUACAACCCAAAGAACAAGAAGCACCUGGGGAUUGCCAAAGUGGUCUUUGCCACGGUCAAAGGGGCCCGGGAAGCGGUCCAGCACUUGCACAACACCUCUGUCAUGGGCAACAUCAUCCACGUGGAGCUGGACACCAAAGGUGAAAAGCGCAUGCAUUUUUAUGAGCUCCUUGUGAAUGGACUCUACACUCCUCAGACCCUUCCUGUGGAGAAUGAGCCAGAGGCAUCCUCUCCUGUGAAUGAAGCCCUUCAGUUGGCUGAUACUCUGAAACGCCUAAAAGACAGUAGCCUUUCUUCCGUGGGAUCAUCAGCUACCCCCAACAGUAGCACCCCAUUUUCCCACGAUACAGCCUUUUCAAGUUGUCGACAAGAUACACCCAACUCUUUCAGCCAGUUCACGCCUCAGUCCCAAGGAACCCCUCUCACCCCUCGCCUGGGGACUCCAUUUUCCCAAGACUCUGCAUACUCUAGUCGCCAGACCACGCCAGCAUACCAUUUUGGACAGGACUCCGGAUAUAAACCCAGGAGACAUGAAACAAAAUUUACGGAUGCCUACAAUCGACGCCCAGGCCAUCACUAUGUCCAUAACUCAGUGGGUGCUUUUCGGAGCUCGGAACAUCAGUUCAGUGCAUUCAAGCCCCAUCAGCAAGAGACUGUGCAAUACCCCCACACUUCUCCGUUGAGCCACUCAGGUUCUUCAACAUUCAAAUCAGCCUUCUCCCCAUACCAAGCCCCAGCAACAUAUCCCCCUCCUGAAGAGCCACCGUUUCCUCAAACGUCUAGGGACUUAGAGUACCGACGGCCACCUCCACCACCAACAGAGGUGGUAGUUGAAAGUAGCUCAGCUACCACUGUUGAUUUUGUGCCUGUGAAGGAAAAGCCUGAGGAGCCGCCACCUUUGCCAGAGUCCAAAAGUCUUAAUGAACCAACAACAGUGGCAGCCUUCUCACAGACUCCAGAAAGGAGUGAGACUCCAGGAACCCCGACCACAGAAUCUGAAAUUCAGCAUAACAGUUUAGACUCACGGAUUGAGAUGCUCUUAAAAGAGCAGCGAUCCAAGCUCUAUUUUCUCAAUGAGCAUGACUCAGACAAUGAAAUUCGAAUGGAAGGUAGUCCCAUCUCCUCCUCCUCUUCCCAGCUUUCUCCAAUCCCAAACUUUGGUUCCAACUCCCAGCCCAGCUACAGAGCACAAACACCUUCCUCGCGUCCUUCUAGCACUGGCUUGGAAGACAUCAGCCCAACACCAUUGCCUGAUUCAGAUGACGAUGAGCCGAUUCUUGGAACCGCUUCUCUCAUCCAAAAUGCAAGAGGCACAUCAGAUGCUAGCAUGACUCCUGUUGAUCAGCUGAAUAGGACAUCCAAAACAGAGUCCUCUGAGGCUAAAGAAAUGCUGCCUUCUAAUGAUAGUCCAACUCCUGAACAAAUGGAAGAGUGUCAUCAGUCAUCAGGGGAAGACAUGGAGAUCUCUGAUGAUGAAAUGGCCUCAUCGCCAAGCACAGAAUGUGCCAAAAACAUUGUGGUGAACUCGGCUGUGAUGGCUUCCUCGAUCCCCAUGCCACCACCUGGCUUCCCCCCUUUGCCUCCACCACCUCCACCCCAGACAGUCUAUCCAAUGCCACCCCCUCUCCCUCCGCCACCACCACCAACUCACCCUGCAGUGACUGUCCCGCCUCCGCCCCUGCCAGCACCCCCAGGGGUUCCCCCUCCUCAUAUCUUGCCUCCACUCCCUCCCUUCCACCCUGGAAUGUUCCCUGUCAUGCAAAUGGAUAUGAUCAGUGUCUUGGGCAACCAGUGGGGUGGCAUGUCGAUGUCUUUUCAAAUGCAAACCCAGAUGUUGAGCCGCCUGAUGCAAGGGCAGAACUCGUACCAGUACCCUCCUUUCCUGGGGAACCGGAUGCAGUUUGUGAACCUUCCUCCUUACCGACAUUUCUCCAUGGGAGCAGCUGUCAACCGGGGACAACAGUGGCCGCCUUUGCCCAAGUUUGAUCCGUCUGUUCCUCCCCCGGGUUAUGAGCCCAAGAAGGAAGACCCACACAAAGCUACUGUAGACGGUGUGCUCUUGGUGAUUGUGAAGGAACUUAAAGCAAUAAUGAAAAGAGACCUGAACCGGAAGAUGGUGGAGGUGGUGGCCUUCAGAGCAUUUGAUGACUGGUGGGACAAGAAAGAGCGCUUGGCCAAGGCAUCACUUACUCCAGUGAAAUCUGGUGAAAACAAAGAUGAGGAAAAGCCAAAACCAAAGGAUCGCAUUACGUCUUGUCUCCUGGAGAACUGGCAUAAAGGCGAGGGUCUGGGUUACGAAGGCAUCGGCUUAGGCAUUGGACUACGAGGAGCCAUCCGGUUACCAUCUUUCAAGGUGAAGAGAAAGGAGCCACCUGAAGCUGCCUCAGCUGGAGACCAGAAGAGACUGCGGCCCUCUACAUCGGUAGAUGAUGAAGAUGAAGAAUCUGAACGCGAUCGAGACCUGCCUGAUGCGGCAUCAGACCUCUCCAAGAAGGAUGCUGAAGCUGUAGGCCUCAGAAGGAGACCGGGCAGGCCAUUGGAACUGGAUAGUGAAGGGGAGGAGGCGGACUCAGCUAAAGAGGAGGAGGAAGAAUCUUCUUCAGAAAAGGAGCCAGAGCAGGAGGAAGAGGUGAUGAAACCAGCAUCUGACAAGGAAGAGGAGGAAGAGGAAGACAUCAAUGAAGAAGAAGAAGAAGAGGAGGACGUGGAAGACGAAGAAGUUGAAACAGAAAUGAGUGAAAAAGAAGAGUAUCAGGAUUCUGAAGAAGACGAUGUAAAAAGCCUGGUUUCCUCCAGAGCAGAGCUUGAAUCAUCUGAUGAAAGUGAUGAGUCCUCAGACUUUGGGACAAGCUCUGACUCCGAUGAUGAAGAUGAUGAAGAUGAGGAGGAGGAGGAGGAGGAGGAGGAGGCAGAGGAGGAGGAAAGCUAUGAGGAGCAAGCAGAAGAUAAUGAAGGGAUAUCUCUACAGCAAGAAAGAGAAGAUGCUGAGCUAGCUGAGGAGUCGCUCCUUCAUGAGCCUGAAAACGAUGAUGAAAAGGAGACAAUUCUGGAAUUGUUUGCAGUGGAUGACUACAUGGGAGAGACUCCUCUGGUACUGGGACAAGUUCCAAUUCCAGAAGGAGAGGAACGGAAGGAAGAUGUCCGGCAACCAGAAGAGGAAAGUGGGGAGGUGCCUGAAGAGUCUCUUGCUGCAGAAGUUCUAAUAGUUAUUGAGAGAGCCCAGGAGGAAAAGCUACAAUUGUCUCCAGUGUGUACACCAGUGUCAGUGGAGGAACCCGAACCAAAUAUCGAGCACAAGCCUGAAAUGCUGGAUGGUCCAAAGCCAGAGACUCAGGAAGAUGAAAACCUCCGUCCGCCGACAUCAUUGGGGCUGCUUGGAGAUGUCUUACCCAGCAAGACCUCAUUUUUCUCCAAGCAAGAAGACAGCAGUUUAUAUGCCCAAGCAAAACCCAAGCUGUCCUUCAUGGCCGAGGAGGAAGGUCGGCUUCCUCGAACUCCAGGGAGGGAAGUGCUGUCUCACUUGGAGUCUCCCAUGCUUUCCAUGGAAGCUGUGCCAUCUUGUUCGCUCCCCCUCCCCUGUGGGAUGUCAGGCAAAGAGGAACUGUUGCUUCUUCCUGACAAGUUCCUGGGUCAGGUACCCAUGACCAAACCACCGCUAGAGGAAGAGCUGCCUCGGACUCCGGGCCGGGAUAUUUUAGCAAAGUGCUCGCACAGCCUCUCCAAGUCUCAGAGUACGGACACUAUCCCACCCACACCAGGCAGCGAUGCUCCUCUCACAGGGAGCAGCUUGACUUUAAGUUCCCCUCAAGUCCCAGGCAGCCCCUUUUCCUACCCCUCUCAGUCCCCCAGCAUCAACAGUGGUGGCAUUCCUCGGACUCCUGGUAGGGACUUCACUUUCACGCCGACGUUUCCAGAGCCUGGUGCUACCCUUCCUUGCUUUUUAUCCAGCAAGAAGCUCUCUGAGGACGAACCUGAUGAGAAGGUCUUUAAAGAGCCUCUGAGUGCUUCUCUCCUGGCUGGUGUGAACAGUGUACCCUCCCCCAUUCCCUUUGCCAGCCCCCCAGUCGCAGCUUUCCAUGCACAUGUCGAGUUGCCGCCCAACCAGCCAGUACCUCUCACUGUUCAGUCUUGCUUGUUCAUUGACUCCAAGAUGUCUCUGGAGGAACACAGCAUGGACACACAACCCCUCUUGUCCUUUGCCCCAGAACAGACGGGGUCCUCCCCACCCCUCCCUCCUCCCCCGCCCUCCUCUGUCUUGCCCCUCAAAAGGAAGCCAGGUCGACCCAAACGAUCCUCUCCGCUGGGGCCGAUGUUGGAGCCUUAUUCCAGCAAACCCCUCGAGCCACCUCUCCUUCCGAUCCCAGUUGCCUUGACUGAAAGUGCUGUGAACAAAGAGUUGCUGAGUGGCCACCCAGAGGCUUUCUAUCCCCUGAAAGACCCUGAAGCAGUGACUCUGGAUUUCCGGAAUGACUGCUUUCAUGACAAAGUUAGCCCUGAGGUUUUAUCUGAGAAGCUUCCCUUCAAGGAGCUGGAGAACCAGUGGAAUGAGGAUGUCAAAGAGGACGAGGCUUACCUGAAAUGCAAGAGACAGUGGAGGCGGCAAAAGAAGAGGCCAGACGACCUCCCAACAAUUCCUUCCCCUGAGUAUUCCCCACAACGGUUUCACUUUAGGCCCCGGUCAGAGUUUGAGGAAAUGACCAUUUUGUAUGAUAUUUGGAAUGGAGGGAUAGAUGAGGAAGAUAUCCAUUUCCUUUGCAUUACGUAUGAUCACUUGUUGCAGCAAGACAAUGGCAUGGACUGGCUCAACGAUACCCUGUGGGUAUACCAUCCUCCAACCAGCUUCUCUACUGCAAAGAAGAAGAAACGAGAUGAUGGGAUACGGGAGCAUGUUACAGGCUGUGCGCGAAGUGAAGGCUACUACAAAAUCGACAAGAAAGAUAAGCUAAAAUACCUCAAUAACAGCCGUGCAUUUGCUGAGGAGCCUCCAGCCGAUACACAGGGAAUGAGCAUCCCUGCCCAGAUCCAUGUUUCCACCCGAGCAGGCUCUGAGAGGAGGUCAGAGCAACGUAGGCUCCUGUCAUCCUUCACUGGCAGUUGCGACAGUGACUUGCUCAAAUUCAACCAACUCAAGUUCCGAAAGAAAAAGCUAAAAUUUUGUAAGAGUCACAUUCAUGACUGGGGACUCUUUGCCAUGGAGCCGAUUGCUGCUGAUGAGAUGGUGAUCGAGUAUGUGGGCCAAAACAUCCGGCAGGUCAUUGCAGACAUGCGAGAGAAGCGAUAUGAGGAUGAAGGCAUUGGGAGCAGCUACAUGUUCAGAGUUGAUCAUGACACAAUUAUAGAUGCAACAAAGUGUGGAAACUUUGCCAGAUUUAUUAAUCACAGUUGCAAUCCAAAUUGCUAUGCUAAAGUCAUCACAGUGGAAUCCCAAAAGAAGAUUGUCAUCUACUCAAAGCAGUACAUCAAUGUGAAUGAGGAAAUCACUUAUGACUACAAAUUCCCCAUUGAGGAUGUCAAGAUCCCUUGUUUGUGCGGUUCAGAGAACUGCAGAGGGACCCUGAAUUAAAGCCCAAAGUUGUUUGCCACAUGUUGGCUGUGUCCGGAUUGUGGUAACCAAGGCGGUUGCACUUUUGCCAAACGAGGAGGAGGUAGAAGCAGAGGAAGGGGCAGGAGAGACAUCCACCGGAUGGCACGGUCUGUCCAUCGGUCAGGAGAAGUGCAAAUUGCAGACGCACACUAAGACUCUUCAAGCUACAGGUGCUUUCCCCCCUUGAACCCAGCGCUCCCCUCCCUGGCAAAUAGCUCCCAUUAUGCAGUGGCACCAUAAAUCAAAACACUAUCCCCCUCUCUCGCUCACUCCAUAAUGGCACAGCUCUCAUGGGUAUAGUAAGGUACCUUUGCGUCAUUCAGAAACGUUCCUUUUUACAUAAGACGCUGCUACCUUUUUGUCAUUAAUUUUGUUUUUAGGGGUGGAGGGAGUGAGGGAAAGGCAUUCAGCUUUUUUAAAAUGUGAAGGGUGGGGGGCAGGUAUCCCUAAAUGGAUUGGAAGCUAGCCGGCAUAGCUGUUCAAUGAACAUCAGGUGCUUAGGCUCCAGGGCAGGCUGGGGAUUUCUGUUUGAGUUUGUGGAGCACACUUGUCUCUUCUCCCAUCUCUUGAUCCAAGGAAGAUCCAAAAUACCGAAAGACGUAUAUCUUUGCCUUCUCAGUGUUCCUGUGUACUCUGCUAGUGUACUUGUGGAGUGAGUGGGAGAAACUGUUGGUUGUGCUAGAGUGAUAGUGAAGAGGACCCUCACUUUUCCUUUUCAAAAGAAAAGCAGCAUUUGUUUGUUUUUCCUUCACUGUAGCAUUGCUUUUUGCUGUAGAAGUCUUUGGCCCACCAGUUCCAGUCAGGCAUCUCCUCUUCUUCUCUGUGAGGCUUCCUGAAAAAGCCAGCACAAACCUGCUCCAAAUGAAGCAGAAGGAUUGGGCUGAGGGGCAUCCAAACCCAAACCAAAGGCAACACUUUUGCCCUUGGUGCUUCUCCACCAUCAGCACUUCCUAGUGUGACCCUUUAAUAGUCUCCUUAAGCACUAUCCCCAUAGGUUUGUGCCUCGGUACUCUGAAGGUGUCUUGAAGGUUUUGUCAUUCUUGGCCAACUGAACAGUGUCGUCCUUGGUGGCUAAAGUCCUGCUUGUUAGUAUUCAGUUCAGCCGCUUUUGAAGGUGAGUGCACUGCGAGGGGAGCAGCUCUUUUAUGGCCUGAAAAAGCAAUACUUUUUUUAUCCUGACUUACUACAGCAAGCAAAUUGUAUAGUCAAAAUAAGGCUUCAUUUGAAAUCAUGACUCCUAAAUCAGAUUAUGGCCUGUGUUCCAACAAUGACAAGCUGAAUGAGUUUUUUAAAAUUGGAAUUGCCACCCAAGCAGAUAAAUUUUAUGUUUGAAACUACAAAUCAUGUAGCAAGGCAGUCCCUUUAAAAAUUGGUCCAGGUUUGCUGAGAAAGUAUCAAGGUAAGCAAAUGUUGAAACGUUUGCUCUUUUUUCAGUACUUGCCUGUCUCUUGCUCCAGGAAUGAAUUUACUGGACUUUAAAUGUAGUUAUACUUAGGAGGAGCUUGCUAGAGAAGAACAGGGCAUGUCUCAAUGCUGUCUUAAUCCAAUUGGCCUCCUCUUCCCCUCCCCAAGCAGGGCUAGCAUUUGGCGUCCUGCAUUCUCUUGAUGGGACCUUCCCAAAGCACUUCCCAUAAGGUCGUAGGAUUUUCCUAGCAAGCCCCUCUCAUCGUGGCCUGUGCCUGCUUUACAGCAUUAAAAAGUGAAUGGACUUCCCCCUUGCAAGACUUCAAGGGUCUAGAGGAAGACGGAAACUCUGGUGCCUUCUCGUGUUUUCUAGCCGAGGCACUUCAUUUGACCGCGGGUUUGCUCAGUCUGUAUUAACUUGAUUAUAGAAGUGAAAUACCAGAUUGGGAGCAGCUGGGUGGACUCCCAAGUAUCUUGUUUCUUUGAUACAAUUUUCUGCCUUCUUACGACGCCUCUCGUGUUGUGUUGUCUAGUCCCAUGCACCUGGACUUCCCAUUCUCUCUCAUGCCCAUCCAUGAGUGCAAUCUGCGUGGAGUGUCUCCACGCAGGCGGGCUUAGGGACGCUUGGGCAAGAGCAGUGUCUGGCGAGUGGGCGCUUCAUCCAGCCCUUUUUUCUGUGAAGCCAAUGGUUUGGGAGCCAGGCUCCCUUCAACAGUCACAACAGCACUAGGACUACUGCGGUCUCUUGUGUUCUGUGAGUUAAUUUGAGCCAGAACCUGAAACAGCUUCUGGGUGUGUGUCAGCCAUGGCGCACACCACCCCAGGGACUAGCCUGGCAGUGAUCAGGGCAGGAGGGAAGCAAUGUUCUCCCGGACCCUUCCCUGGCUUUGGUGGGAGAGGGGUCCUAACCUAUUUGCCUGCCUACGCACAAGCCUAUCCUGACUCCAAACUCAGAGUCCAUGGGCACUCCUCAUACCCCGGGGUGUGCUUUGUCCCUUGAAGGGCAAGAACUCUGGCAAGCAUGUGGUCAGCUUCUCUGUUGCCGGCUCAGACGAGGGUCAGGGCUACUUCCCGAGAAGAGCUUUCCGAAAGGAAUAGCAGCUCAGUCUUGAAAGAGGCACUGCAGCUGCAGAAGUGACCUGGGCCCUGCCGCAACCCUCCCACCCCAGAGGAGUGCCAAAGCUUUGACAACCUACCCAGCGGCCUUGUCUUUGAGGCUCCGAGGAGGGCAGGGGGUCAGCUUGGCAUCCACAGAGGUGUCCUCCCUGCCAACCUCCUCCAGCCAGGGUGGCUCUGUGCUUUGGAGACCAGCCUGCUUGGUUGCAUACAAUCAUUUCUCUCUUCCUCGUUUGAGGUUAAACUGUCGGGGUUCAGAAGGAGCCAGUCCCAGAACCAAUCUUUUCAUUAUCAAAGCAGCUUGUUUCUACAAUGGGGGAGGAGGAUAUAAUUUUUAAAUUUGGAUGGAAAAUUCUGUCUUGUUAUUUGUGACCUAUAUUCAGGGAUCAUUUCAGUGCUUUUCUGUAUAAAAUGUUUUGUUUGUUUUUUUAAAAAAGAGGGAAAAUGAAAAUUUUGACGUUUCAAAUGGACUCAUCAUCUGUACAUAAGCACCGUUCCAACUCUUCUCUUCAAACACUGUUUCUUGUAGAAACACGUUGAUUUGGGUUUUUGUUUGUUGGGAGGGCUGUUUCCUUUGUACUUUGAAAGCAUGUACAUAAUUUGUUAAAAGUGACUAUUGUAGUUUGGAGUUCUUUUUUAAAAGAUUGCCUGGCGAAGACCUCAAGGAGAGAGUGGACCUUUGGGAGCAUGACGCACUGAGGGAAUGUGCCGGCACCGUUUACAGCUUGUGUCAAGCUAUGUAUAAUGUAAAUUCUGUACAAACAACACUUUCUUUUUGGUCAGAUACAUAGAUCAAACUAGAAGCAUUAAGAAGCUGAAGAAUUUUUUAAAAAAUGCCAAGUGGAGGCUUUUUUUGUUAUAUGCCUUUCGGAUACCUUAACGUGAGAAAUCUAUUUAUUUCAGACAAGAAAAAUGUGUAUAGUCUAUUAAUGACAACCUAAAAUGUAUUUAAGCAAAACUGCAACUUUUGAUUAUUUUUUCCCAAAUUUCAUUUAUUUCAUAAUGUUCCUUCUCAAUUACCAAUGUAGUAUUUGUAGAAAUGACAAGGAAACUGUGUCAGUCCCGCUCUGGCGCUCAGUGGUGUUCCUGGGCCCAUGACUUGCUUGCGGAAAGGGAGGAAUAAUGCCCUGCUCAGGGUGGCACAUGCCACCAUGGGGCUCUCUGCAUCUAUUCAAUGGGAGCACUUGGGAGUGGGAAGUUACUUGGGAGGGGAAAAAAGGAGACACUAAAUUCAAGGGGUACUUCCUCCAAGGAAAAGCUGAGGUGGGAAAAACGUCAGCCCUUCUUUUCCUGUUUCAUAACUUCUGGAAAGACCCCAGUUUUUACUUCACAGUAUAUAAAAUAGCCUCCUUCAAAAGGGGAAAGGAAAAUGGUUUGCAAUAAAUGGCAUCUAUUUUUGUGUUCAUUGGAAAACAAAACCAGAAUUAAAUAUCUUGCCUUUGAGAUUUAGGGUUUUUUUUUUUAACAAUUUCUGCUCCUUUUUCUUUUCAACAACUGUAUAAAUUUAGGACCGUUCCGUGCACCUAGGCGCUGUCAUCAGUAUGUACCUUGUUUUGAAGAACGUGGGUUUUUCUUUUUUUGUUGUGGGUGUGUCAUGCUGUAAAUAUUUGUUCAUAUUUUUUUGUGAAUUGAAUACUAUGUACCAUUGUAUUAUAGUAACUUUUAUAAAGCAAACCAUAAAUAUACUGACCUUUCUUACAAAAAAAGACCCCCCUGUGUUUGGUUCAUUGGUGCCACAAUCAUAAUUCAUGUAAGGACUUAAACAUAAAAGCGCAUAGAGGGGAAGGGCUGCCUUUCACCUUUAAAGGGAUCCCUCAGUGUCCCUGAAGAAAAAAUGUUUGAGUAUGUGUCUUUGUCAAAGCAAAGAUUGCUGUGAGGCAAACGCUCUGGAAGAGGCUCAAAGGCCCAUUGGGGCAGAACAUUGGAGUCAAUGGGAGAGAGGGUCUCCAAGUAAAUAAAGGAAGACCACCAGGCACCUAGAGCUGGAAACAAUUUCACAUGAAUUCUGCAGGUGGAACUAUGUUAGGCACCUCCAGGACCUGCAAUUUUGCUGCAAGGGCCCCCAAUGUAGCCAAAAGGUCUGGGGCAUAGCCAAGCGCCUCCAUGAUUCCAUGUUCCAUUAGUCACAGAGUGGCUAUUGACAGAGACUAUCAUCUCUUUGGUCACAGGAGAAUGGAAGAAAAGGCCAUCUCUUGUUACAGCCCCAGAAAAGCUUUGGGCUCAUGGCCCCAAGUGCUUCUAAGCCGAGCAUAAAUGCAACAGCCUUCCUCCCAUAGUCUCUCUCCAUUCCCUCAAGCAAUGGCAAGGGGUUGGAUCAAUGGUUCUUGUGGUCCCUUUCAACUCCCCGAGUCAAUGAAAUGACUCGUGAAUAGGAAAUAGUGCAGUCUGAACCUCAUGGUCUUUUGCGAAGGUGGCAACUGCUCUCUGUCCUCAGCUCUUAGGCAGGAUCAGUCAUGACCAGAGACAGAGGUGGGAGGUGUUUGACCAGCAGAAGUUGGGAAAGGUCAUCAAAGGAAGGGAUGCUCCCAGCCUUCUGCCCCUGGCAGCUGUCAUCCCACUGCCGCAACUACUAAGAGUGGAAGGAGAAGGGGGGAAUGCCAGUUUCAUCCAUACAAGCCUUCCUGACAAAUGCUUGGAUCAGGACCAGACACGUUUGGUGGUGGCUUGUUUUCCCCCAGCCAAUCUUUUCAGAGGAUUCUUGCUCUAAUGGACCCAGAAAGAAACCUUUUUGCUUUGAAUCUUUUUAUUUGAUAAAAACAGGCCAGGGGGGAGAUGACUUCUGGAUUUUUGCUGCAGAAGACUUGAGUGAGAUCAGUUUUGCCACUGCUUGCUUACUGCCUUCUGGUGGGACCCAAGGAUCCCCUCUUCUGUGGGAUAUCACAUGACAGUGGAGUCUCCGCUGGAUGUCAGGAUGGUGAGGUUUCCCCGGGCGUCCUGGUCUGCUUCAAUUGCUUCAAACAAA